AUGACAGGAGCAACAUGCGUUGAACUUGCCGGCAUCCCACCCCAGGGUGAGGUUGGUUUAAAUGAUCAGGAUAUAGAGCAGUUGCUUUACGAGGCUGAGGAUCGACUAAGACCCAGCAGUGUUGAAGUCAAUGCAGCUGGUACCAAUGGCUCGGCUGAAGACAGCACAGAUGCUAUUUCGGUACAUGUCCCAAAGCUGGCAUCUAGGGAUUCUCUGCGGCCAUACGUUCGUCAGGUAGAUGACAUUGCAGUUAUCAAUCCAGCCAGAAUAACGGGUGAUUCCGACAACAUGCUACCUACCACGACGCAGUCAGCUGGUUUCAAUGCAUCAAAAUCAAGUUCAAAGGACAAGCCUACAGCCGGCAGCGCGUGGUUCGAUCUUCCGAAGACAGAGUUAACGGCAGAACUCAAGAGAGACCUCCAGUUACUCCGAAUGCGUUCGGUAUUGGACCCAAAAAGACACUAUAAGAAGGAGAGCGGUAAAGCACACGUUCCUCAGUAUUCCCAUGUAGGAACAAUCAUCGAAGGUCCAACAGAAUUUUUCAGUAGUCGCAUCGUGAAGAGAGAUCGAAAGAAGACAUUUGUUGAAGAGGCAUUGGCAGUGGAGCGGGAAAAUAAGCGGUUUGAGGCUAAGUAUAGGGACAUCCAAACCCUGAAACAGAGCGGUAAACGGUCUUACUACAACAAUUUGCGAGCGAAAAGGAAGAACAGGAGCAAGUGA